AUGGUGUCCGUGAGUGCGGGCAGCGUGCAGGCAAUCACGGGCGCUAUUUUGUCGUACUCCCCUUCGGCGAGCGCUCCGAAUCUAGACCCCAUUGCCUUUAAGGAGGCUGCCCUCGCGCGUCUCAGGAAUCUUCCGCAUGAAGUGACGCGCCUCUUCCUUAUUUCCAGCGCAGCUGCCGCUCAGUAUGAGCACGCGGCGCGGAUCGUUUUGCUCGCGGCCUCGCCGACGCGCCGCUCCGCCGGCACGCUCUGCGCCCGUCGGUGGCAACCGCGGCGGCUCUUCUCGCCAUGCCAGGCGUUGAGCGCCAGCCAGCAGCAGGCGGCAGCAGCCCGCCGGCAGCUGUACUGCGGUUGGCCCAGCCGCAACGGAGCGAGGGCGAGCAAGGCGAGCAUUCAACCUCUCGCCAAGUCGGCCCUCAUCGUGAGCAAGGCCGACGGCGUGGCCUCGGUGUCGCUGAACCACCGUCCCGUCAACGCCCUGACCCAAGGCGUGUGCGAGGAGCUGCGGCAGUGCCUCGGCGAGCUGGAGGCCGACCCGCAGGUGCGAGGCCUCCUCCUCGGGUCGGCGCUCCCCGGCCUCUUCUCGGCCGGCCUCGACCUGCACGCGUUCCACAAGCCCGACCCCGACGCCCUCGCCGACUACUGGACGGCGGUGCAGGAGCUGUGGCUGGCGCUCUGGACGAGCGACCUCGCCACCGUCGCCGCCAUCUCGGGCCACUGCCCCGCGGGAGGCUGCAUG